UGCAAGUAGGUGUAACUAUACGAAUGGUUUGGCUUAAGCCAUUGAUGCAAGUAUUCUGAGCCUUGUAUAAAACAGCAACUCGACUUAGUAGCUCAAGUACUAGUCGAAGAUAAAAUCAAUGGGUACUUUCAGAGGCCACGUCUUGCCAGGAUCCUUUUUCACGGUUUUUGGAGUCUGGGGACUCUACAAUGUCUUGAAGAUUUUCAUCCAAUGCAGGUUUGGCAAGAAGGAGGCGAACAAGGAUUAUGUCCAUUUCAGAUCGACGACAUGGUUCCCGAUGACAUUCUGCAAGUUUGUCCAAAAACUACCUGUUGAACCUCUUAUUAAAAUCAUUGCAACUAUCAUUGGCAUCCUUGGAGAACUGAAUUCAGGAAAUUGGUCUCUCUUCGACAAAAAUGGCGUUUUUCACAACCUAGGAAACUUUGCCCAUGUCACGAUGUUUGCACUUUUUACACUCGGUGCUUUAUUCGAAGUUUUUCAGUUCUUUGAAAUUACUACGCUAUCAUUAGGUGCCGAGCACUUAAGCAUGUCUCUUGCCUUUUUCAUUGAGGGGUUGUUGUUUUACUUUCAUUUGCAUGGACGACCAGUGUUGGAUGUACGUCUCCACACUCUACUAUACGUUGUUGUUUUCGCAACGUCUUUUGUCUUGGUACUUGAGGCUUGGAUGAAAGACAGUUUCUUGCUGCUGGUGGUGAGAGUGUAUCUUGUGAUGUUGCAAGGAACGUGGUUCUUUCAAAUAGCUCAUUCCCUGUAUGGUGUAAAUCCAUGGAAAGACACACCACCAAACAGAGAAAUAAUCCCUGUCGUCUUUGCUUGUCACGUAGCAGUCUGGUUCGCGUUGUUCGUUGUGAGCUUCAUGAUUGUUUCAUUGAAGAGUCAGAGAAAGUGUUGUGGAAGCUAUUCCCGUGCCUCUCAGCACACCGAAAACCUGAACAUGCAAAAGCUGGAAGAUUCCGAGCGAGAAAAUCUUAUUAUAGAAUAUCAGGAUUAACUGUUGUUAGUUAAGAUAAUAUAUGUAAUGAGAUAACACUCUGGCGUCAGAAAUAAUCCUCAGAGCAGAUCAGUUUUAAUGAUAGAGGUAAUAAUGACUUUAUUCAAUGAGGAUAUACACUUAAUAAAAAA